AUGCCAACUACCGGGAGAUUCUCAAUCUGUGCUGUAGCUUCUGUGCUCUUAAGAGUUGGACUGUUUUUGCUGACCAGCCGCCCCGAUAGACCAUUGAGCUUCUCGGCCAACUUUCUAUGGAAUCAAUUCAAGCCACUCCCUGUGCCUGCAACAGACUUCAGCGGCAAGACUAUAAUCGUGACCGGGGCCAAUUCUGGCCUAGGCCUGGAAGCCUCGCGGCACUUCGUCAGGCUCGGCGCCGCUAAAGUCAUCCUGGGAUGUCGCUCCGCCGAGAAGGCCGAAGUCGCCAAAGCGGAUAUCGAGAUAACUACCGGCAGAAAGGAUGUCGUCGAGGUCUGGCCCCUGGAGAUGGGCUCGUUCGACAGCGUCAGGGAGUUUUGCCGCCGCGCGGCGACGCUGGACCGCCUGGACGUCGUGAUUGAGAACGCCGCUCUCGCUAUGGGUGUAUUUGAAGAGCUCGAAGGUUUCGAGAGCAGUGUCACAGUCAAUGUCGUCUCGACCUUCCUCAUGGCACUCCUCCUGCUGCCGACUCUGAGGCGGACGGCGUCUAAGCAUAAUGUGCAGACUCAUCUGUCUAUUGUCUCUUCAGACGCGCAUUACUUUGUAAGUAACUGCCUCUUCAACACCCAAUGGGUAUUUCAGAGACCCAGACAGCCUAACUCGUGUAUCAAGGCUAGAUUCAAGGAAAGGCAAUCACCGUCCAUAUUUGAAGCUUUCAGAUCCGAAGCAGACAUGACAGAAGACCGCUACAACACAACCAAGCUGAUCGUCGUCUUCAUCGUGAGGGAGCUUGCGCAUGCCAUGGCGCGGUCUCGUCCGGGCAACGAGGACACGCCCGUCAUCGUCAAUGUAAUCAACCCGGGCUACUGCCGGACCCAGCUCUUCAGACACGCAUCGCCGCCAUUGAGCUGGAUCAUUGCGACAGGCUUGCUCCUGUUCGGCCGCACUGGUGAGAUGGGCUCGCGCACGCUGGUUGGCGGGGCUGAAGCCGAUCAGGGGAGCCACGGUUCGUACCUGGACAGUUGCAAAGUGCGUGAUCCGGCGCCAAUGGUGUUGAACCCAGAGGGUGCGAAGACGCAGAAAAGGGUGUUUGCUGAGCUUAUGGAGGUGUUGGAGGGCAUCGAGCCUGGGAUUACGAAGAAUAUUUGA